AUGGCCAUCGCAUCGGGCAUGGCACAACCCGAGCUGUACAGUACCUUGAGCACAGGAGCUAUUCAGGCGUAUGGCAACUGGUUAAUGAUCGGUCGGCAGCAAUCGUUUGGAGUCAGUUCAGGCCACGACCACGACCACCGUCUGCCAGGGAUCUUGGUCUUGGGCGAAUUCGAGCCCCGGCCGAGGAAAAGCUCCUCUGUACCUGCAGAAGGCUCUUUCUUCCUUGGUCAAGGCAUGACCUUUAACAACACCAGCAAUGCCACUCAAGAGGUCAAGGUCGAGCGGCAACGAACCUUGUUGGUCUGCUACGUCAAUCCGAUUGCUCUCGUCAAAUUGCUAGACAUGGCGGAGGAGAUAAAUUCUGCAUAUGCUCGGACAGACAGCACAAAAUGA